AUGUCUAUCGCACGCAAGCCUGGGAAAUUUCACAUGGGAAUUCAGAUCAAACAAAUUUUAAAACCAACGACGGCUCGAGCACGCAAGACAAAGAUUAUUUGCGCAAUUGGUCCAGCGUCGUGGUCUGUAGACAUGCUAGGACAGCUAUUAGAUGCAGGAAUGAAUGUUGCACGAUUGAAUUUUUCCCAUGGUGAUCAUGAUCUGCACAAUAGAAGUUUGUUGAACCUUAGAAAAGCUAUGGCUGCCCGACCUGGUUGCCAUUGUGCUGUGCUUCUAGAUACGAAAGGACCUGAAAUUCGUACUGGCUUAUUAAGAGAUCACGAACCUGUUCAAUUGAAGGCUGGUCAAACGCUAGAGAUCACAACAGAUUACAGUGUUGAAGGUGACAGCUCUCGCAUUGCAUGUACAUAUGAGCUAUUGCCAACGUCUGUGUCAAUGGGCUCCAAGAUUUUGUGCGAUGAUGGAAGCCUUGUGAUGACUGUGCUGCAGUGCUUGUCGAAUUCGAUUGUUGUGCGAGUGCACAAUGAUCAUAUUCUUGAAGAGAAAAAAAAUAUGAAUUUGCCAGGAGCGGCUAUACAGAUACCUGGUAUCACUGAGAAGGACGAGAAUGACCUGCUAAAUUUUGCAAUCCCCAAUGGGGUGGACAUCGUAUCAGGUUCUUUUGUUCGCACGGCUGAGACUGUGCGAGCGAUCCGGAAAUGUCUCGGUGAAGCAGGUCGUCACAUUCGCGUGCACGCGAAGAUUGAAAGCUUAGAAGCGCUGCAGAAUAUCGACGAGAUUAUUGCUGAGGCCGAUGGGAUUCACAUGAUCAUCGGCAAGGCGAAUAAGGCUGGUAAACCAGUAGUAACCUCAACACAAAUGCUCCAAUCCAUGACUAGUAAAAUCAUCCCAUCAAAUGCGGAAUGUACGGACGUUGCAAAUGCAGUGCUUGAUGGCACAGAUGCAAUGAUGUUGUCAGCAGAAACUGCCAAAGGCAUGUACCCAAAAGAAGCAGUUGAAACCAUGGCUAAAAUCUGCAUUGAAGCAGAGCAAGCUCUUGAUUAUACGGAGGUAUAUCGCCUGCACAGAGCAGCAAACAGUCACAACGUAAGCACGUGCGAAUCGGUCGCGAGCUCGGCAGUUGGAAUUGCUCUCGAUAUGGGCAUUAAGCUCAUCAUUUCAAUCACCGAAACGGGUUCCAGUACGAAAUUGUUAGCAAAAUAUCGACCAGAAGCUAAUAUCUUGGCUGUUACAUCUUCAAAAUCAACGGCGCGGCAGCUUUCCGGGGUCUCUAGAGGGGUGACGGCAUUGCUUCUGGAGACUAUGCCGGGAAUUGACGAUCUUACGUUUUUAGGCAUCGCGCACGCUCAAGAUCGUGGGUUGAUUCUGAAGGGCGAAAUGAUUAUUUUGGUCAAUGGUCUGGACGAUAAUAUAUCAGCAUCCAAUAUUGUAGUCAAAGUCAUUGAAGUGCCCAAAAGUGGCUACUUCAGUCCUAAAAACUCUACUUUCUGA